AUGUCUGUAUGGUCUCCACAGCCCCCGUCUCCCAUCCCUGCCGGCGCCAUGCCGGGUGUCGGCGUGGCCCCCCUCCCGGAGCCGGAACCGGGACCCAGGAACGGUGUGGGUCGUUCUGCUAUCGGACCCGCCGGCCCCUCCGCGCACGUGGAAGCCUUCGAGAAGACCUGGCUUUCACGGGGUGCGGUCCAGUCUUUCCGGAUGCGGUACAGGGCGGUGCACUAG